UUUAUUGCUCAAGAUGGCAGUGAAAGUUAUCAGCGUAUACCUGAUGUUUUCGUGUGACAUGAAAUUAACUGAAGAGGAAUAUAACGCUUUUGCCGGGUCGGACCCUUCAACAUACUGCAAAACUAAACAAACUAUGGAGGCAGAAUGCAAUAAGCUCGGUAUCGCGGUAGGAGCCACAGACGGUCAAACAUGUUUUUUAGAAGGAUAUCCACAUUGCAGCUCGGGAAAAGUUAGUCUGAAAGAUUCUAAAGGAGAUAAAGUUUUAAAAGAUAUAACGAAUGUACUCUUUUGUUAUUGGACAAACAAUAAUCAGUACGCUAUGGGUAAGGGUAAAAAUCCGCAUCAUAUGAUGAGGUACGAUCAGGAUUCCGACCAGACUUAUUACCCAUGUGAAGAUCUUCCCGUGUAAGGCAAUUAGCAAUGAACUGAAG